AUGGUGUCCGCAGCCAAGAUCCUCUCUUCCAUCACAUUGCUGGCCGCGACCGCGGUAGCGCAGCGCGAGAGGAGAUGCUUCUGCUCCAAGCAAGAUCUUUCGGAGGGUGCGCCUCCGAUGGAGGAGCGGGUCGACGUGGGCUGGACGACACAGGCGUGUGCGGAUCAAGGAUUCAUGAGAGGGAAUGCGUGCAUUAUUGUCGCCGACGAGACGAGGGAGAACGACUUCCAGAAUGAUUGCCUGGAGAUUUCUGGGCUGCAGACCACGGGCUGCCUCGACUAG